AUGACAUCCUCAAAUAUCGCUCAGCAGCAUGGCAUAAUCAUCGAAGAUGACGAGCAGCCAGAGGUCGGCCACGAGUCAAAUGAAUACACCUCAUCGAUGCUCCAAAUCCCAGCAGUACACCAAGUCGCUAGCCACUACAUGAGAGUUGCUCUUGAGGAAGCUCGGAAGUCACCUCCGAAACCAACCAACUACUGUGUGGGUGCUCUUCUGCUCCGCGCAGCAACAAGCAUUACUCCGCCGUCCAUUCUAGCCACGGGCUACACCCUCGAAUGUGAAGGGAACACCCACGCCGAGCAAUGUUGCUUCAUCAAACUCGCGGAAAGUCUUGACUGCGAUGUCGAAAGUCUGGGCAGCCGCAUGAACGGUGACAUCCUGCUGUAUACCACCAUGGAGCCUUGCAAUCAGCGCAGUGUGGGCAAUCUGCCAUGCGUGGACCGCAUUCUUGCCUUGAAGACGGCCGAGGGAAAGCAGACGAUCAGCACGGUCAUCUGCGGUGUUGGCGAGCCGAAAGACUUGGUUGCUACGAAUAGUGGUAGGGCCAGGCUUGAGGCUGCUGGGAUCAAAGUUGGAGUCCUGACUGGAAUGGAAGAAGAGAUCCUAAGCGUCGCCAAAGCCGGCCAUCCACGACCCCAGGAUGACCGUGAAGAAGCACCAGGUCCGAGCAGAUCGAACAUUCACAACCUCUUGAAUUGA